AUGGAAAUCUUGGAGAAGCGACGAGCUUCGCAGGCCACCACUAACAGCCCUCCCCUCGAAAAUCCCGAUGGUGAGGAGAAUUUUGAAGAAGCCAACCAGUCAAAAAUUGACGAUGUCUUGAAGUAUUACUCAGAGGAGUCAAUUUCGGGUGCCGGUCGCAGUCUACGCCAAAGCCGAAACCUCAUUCUUUCCGGGUGGAAACCGUUGACGUAG